AACAUCCAACUGUUAUCAUGCAAAUCUGUUGACCAACUGCUGUAUAAAACUAGAAUCCGUGAUGCCAUAAAUCCAACAACACUUCCAAAGAAAAAACAAACACUGCCUUUCUGUAUAAUCUGCAUCCCGGAAUUAAACCAUGGCAUCCAAUGACUCCGCUAUUCCUCCACAUGCCCAUGCCGCCGUUAGUAUGGAGGUACCACUAAAGACGUCAGCGCCACCACCGGAGUACAGUGCUACAAGAGGCGCAGGUGGAUCUAAGAAGCAUGCAGUGGUUGAUGUGUUCUUCAGGGUCGUGCUUUUUGCAACUUCGGUGGCUGCUAUCGUUCUUCUGGUCAUUUCUAAUCAAACUGAGCUUAUUCCGAUUGCACCCGGGAUAGCAAUAUCCAGGACUGGAAAAUUCAGUCACUCCCCAGCUCACAUAAACCUUUUGGCAACGCUCUGCACGGCUGCUUUAUACAGCAUCAUCACCGGUUUAAUAUCAGUUUUCGCACUCAGGAAGCCAGGAGGAACCUCAACAAAGCUAAAUUUUCAUUUUGUGAUAGUCGAUUCACUGCUAUUAGGUAUCAUGGCUGCAGCAACAGGAGCAUCAGGAGGUGUAUCUUACGUAGGACUCAAAGGAAACUCUCAUAGCAGAUGGAACGAGAUCUGUGACACGUACGAUACUUACUGCCUCCGCGUUGGAGCCUCUAUUGCUUUGUCGCUCGCAUCCUCCGUAACACUUCUACUGUUGGUUUGGAUCAAUGUCUAUGCGCUUUCCAAGAAGAUCGCCAGGCGAUAGUUUACUACAUAUCAAAAAUAUUUCCGAUGUACAAGUUUCAUGUUAUUCAUCUUUUGUAGUGUAAAUUUGUAUGUACAUUUACUUCUUGCCAGUUUUGUUUUGUGUUUGUAAUAUUUGUGGUUGAUAAAGAUUGCAUUAAAGUUA